AUGGACGAAAUGCCAACCACGCUCUUUCAGCCUCCGUCCCCGGAGGAAGCACGUCGGCUGGCCAAGCAACACGCCCAAUUCGGUGUCAUCGGUCAUGCCAGCCACCGGUAUUCGAGUCGCCACCCCGGCGGUGUCUUCCCAGAGCCGGUGAUGGAUGAGCCGCCGUAUUAUUACUUGCUCACGACCUAUAUCAGCUACUUAAUCCUAAUUGCCUUUGGACAUGUCCGUGAUUUCUUCGGCAAACGCUUCCGGGAGGAGAACUACCGACACCUGAAGCCCCGCAACGGAUACGGAGCCCUCAAUAGUGACUUUGACAACUUUUAUGUGCGACGUCUCAAACUGCGCAUCAACGACUGCUUUGAGCGACCUGUCACCGGCGUUCCCGGGCGGAUGAUCACCUUGGUCGACCGUGCUACGAACGACCAUAAUCAUCACUUCUAUCUCACAGGCACCACCACCGACACCCUGAACUUGAGCUCUUACAACUAUCUUGGAUUCGCCCAGUCGGAAGGUCCCUGCGCCGACAUGGUCGAAGAAACGAUCAGGAAGUACGGUAUCACUGCCCCAAGCACCCGAGCGGAGGUUGGCACGCAGGAUCUUCACCAGGAAGUUGAGGGCCUGGUCGCCCGAUUCGUGGGCAAGGAAGACUCGAUGGUCUUUUCGAUGGGAUUCGGCACCAACGCCAACAUCUUUCCCGCACUCGUCUCCAAGGGCUGUCUCAUCAUCUCCGACGAGCUGAACCACGCGUCCAUCCGCUUCGGUGCCCGCCUUUCUGGUGCAUCUAUUGCCAUGUUCAAGCACAAUGACAUGAAGGACCUGGAAGUGAAGCUUCGCGAGGCCAUCUCCCAAGGCCAGCCCCGCACCCACCGUCCCUGGAAGAAGAUUCUGGUGGUGGUGGAAGGUCUGUACUCGAUGGAGGGAUCCAUGUGCAAUCUUCCUGGUUUGGUUUCGUUGAAGCAACGUUACAAGUUCCAUCUCUUUGUCGACGAAGCCCACUCGAUCGGAGCCAUUGGCCCCAAGGGGAGAGGUGUGUGUGAUUACUUCAGCAUCGAUACCGCCGAGGUGGAUGUCCUGAUGGGUACCCUCACCAAGUCAUUUGGUGCCAACGGAGGAUACAUUGCGGGCGACAAGGUGAUGAUCGACAAGCUACGCGCUACCAACGCGGGUGUGUUCUACGGCGAGUCACCCGCCCCCGCCAUCCUCGUACAAAUCUCUUCCGCCCUGCGCAUCAUCAACGGCGAAAUUGUUCCUGGCCAGGGUGAGGAACGGUUGCAGCGAUUGGCCUUCAAUUCGCGAUACCUUCGGCUCGGAUUGAAGCGUCUUGGCUUUAUAGUAUACGGUCACGACGAUUCGCCAAUUAUUCCUAUUCUUCUCUUCAACCCGGCCAAGAUGCCCGCGUUUUCACACGAGAUGCUCCGGCGGAAGAUUUCUGUCGUCGUUGUCGGAUACCCCGCCACCCCGUUGGUCUCAUCCCGCGCUCGUUUAUGCGUGUCUGCCGCCCAUACGAAGGAAGACCUUGAUCGCGUUUUGACUGCCUGCGAUGAAAUUGGCAAUGUGCUCCAACUCAAAUUUUCAACCGGCAUUGCCGGCGGCGCUUUGCCCCCUGCCGAGGGCAUGACUCCUCCCCGGAGAUGGAGAAAGAAUGGCACCGCAAGCGCGCCGCCACUAUCGUUCCUCCCCGGUGGCGGCUGGAUGAUGUGCUCCAGCGUGGAGUCCAGGAUGUCAAGUCGCCUUUGUUUUAGUUAG